GAGACAGGAAGAAAAAAAAAAAAAAAAAACUGAAGUAAAGAAAAUGGAGAAGCUAUUCCAGAAGGCUGUUUGGGCCUGCGUUCUUGCCUUUCUAGUGUUGCUUGGAUCAUGGUUUCUUAUGAUAGAUUUAAGGAGCACAGACUUCUAUACUCCUCUUCAAGGAAUUGCAAUACGUAGGAGGGGAAUGGAGUUCUCGGCCGAUCGAGUAUCUGAAAUACCACCUCCCGCUCCAACUGUUAAUAAGCGCGGCCGUCGCAAUCCCCCACCAGAGCCUCCACCUCCACCUGCCUCCCCCAUCAGCUAUUCCCCACCAGUGCCUCCACCCCCACCUGCCUCACCCUCCAUCUACCCCCAACUAUUGCCUCUUCCUCCACCUGCCUCGCACUACAGCUAUCCCUGACCACCUGCCUCCCCCUCCAGCUAGUAAUCUGCACAACCUUAAUUCUCCACCAGUCAUGGUUCACUAGGCAUUUAUAUGAUGGUUGUAUCAUUCCAUGAGUUGAUGGGUUGAAUAAAUACGAAAGGACAAAGGCAUCACAUGCCAUUCCCCUAACUUUUUUCAUGUAUGUUUCCAAAAUAAAUGAAUGCCCGUAGCAUUUUUAAAAGUAUGUUU